CCCGGCUGGGCGCCCUGGCAGGGGCGGCCGCAGGACGAGGUCUGCGGCGCUGCCGCCGCCAGCCGCGGCGCGGGGGCGGCUCCUUCGGGGGGCGGUGAGGCAGCUGCCCUGCGGCGCUCCGGGGCCUUGGCCCGCAAGGUGGCGCGGGUCGUCAGCGCGGGCCUGAAUCACGGCAACUCGGCCGAUUUCUAUCGGACUUGGAUGGGCGGAGGGUCCCCCUGGGCGGCGGCGGUGUCGCCAGCCACAGGCGCGGCCUCAACGUUCUCAUCAUCGAGCCCGUCUCGUACAGCGUGCAAUCGGCCCUGUGCUACGAUACCGCCGAGUCUGGCCGGUCCGCGAGCGCGCAGCUCGCGGCAGACCUGGGCGCCGUCCCCGACGGCCAUGUCGUGCUCGCCGCCAUAUGCGGCAGCGGCCUGGAGGGACUGUCCGCCGCGGCGCUGCGGGCGCUGCAGCACGCGGGCGCCACCGCGGCCUGCGCGGGCAGCGGGCAACCGCAUGAGGCCUACGCCCUGAUCGGCGUCCAGGGCGGCCACGCCGUGGCCGAGCGCAGGGGCCCCCUCGCGGACGCCGAGGGCCGGCUGCCUCUGCCCGCCGGGGCGCCGCGGCCGCGGCCGCCGGCGCAGCCCGCGGGGCACGCCACCAGCGAGCAGGGCCCCGACCUGCGGUGGUCUUUGGAUCAGCGGCGCCAGUUCAUGUCCGAGCUCCGGCGGACGGCCGGGUGUCCAGAGGAGAGCGUCGCGGCGGACCAGUAUCAAGUCUGGAGCGCGCAGCUCGCGGCGCAGCAGGCGGAGGUGGAGAGGUGGCGCGCCAGGUCGCUGGAGCUGGAGCAGGCACUGGCCGACGCGCAGGCGAGCGCCGCCGUGGUGGCCCGGGAGCGCGACGAGUGGAGGGCCCGCGCCCAGCGCCACGAGAUGAACAAGGAGUUCAGGUCCGUCGUGGACGGCACCGGCGGGGGAAGGCCGCAGACGGCGGACGAGCAGGAGUGGCAGCGCAGGCUGCGGGCCUCGGAGGCGCCCUCGUGGUUCGCUCUCGAGGAGGCCCCUCAGUGCCCCCAGCAGCCGCCGCUGCUGCGCCCCACCUGCCGCGGCUCGGCGCCGGACUUCGGGCGCGCGCUGCGGCUGCAGCUGGGGCUGGUGGAGGGCCAGCGGCAGGCCACAGGCGACUGAGAGCGCAGCGAGGGCGUGCUGCGCUC